AUGCCUAGGCUCCCCACCUCGGCUCUGGUGGGGGCACUCCUCCUCUCAGGACUAGGAGCUGCCGAGCCUCUCACGCCGAAACACGAAGCCGAUAACGGUCUUGCAGAAGACCCCGAUGAGGCCGCGAGAAAGGAGCUGGUCCAGCUCUGCGGUCCCAAAUGGAGUACCGGCCCAGUUUGCUGCACUGCUGAGCAGAUUACAUCGCUCAAGUCAGAACUGGCGACGGCCAACCAGAUCAUCUCCUCAUGCCCUGCCUGCAAAGAUAACUUCUUCAACCUCUUCUGUACCUUUACGUGUUCGCCCGAUCAAUCACUCUUCCUCAAUGUCACGGCUACGGCGCAGAAGGCGGGAAAGACGAUGGUGGCGGAGCUUGACCAACUCAUCUCCGACGAGUAUAGGGAAGGCUUCUAUGACAGCUGCAAGGAGGUCAAGUUCGGACCUUCGAAUGCGAACGCGAUGGACUUUAUCGGCGGCGGUGCCAAAUCCCCAAACGACUUUCUCAAGUUCCUGGGCGAUGAGAAGGCGAUUGGAUCGCCGUUCCAAAUUAACUUCCCGACCAGCUACUCCGAACCUGGUAUGGCGCCCAGGGACAUGACUCCGAAGAAGUGUAACGACGAAGAUCCCAACUUCCGAUGCGCUUGCGUUGACUGCCCUGCCGUGUGCCCGGAACUCCCUCCUAUCAAGAAGAAUAAGUCCUGCCAUGUCGGCUUGCUGCCCUGCUUGUCAUUUGCGUCCAUCCUCACCUACAGCUUGCUGUUGCUUUCAUUUGCAGGAACCGUGGUCGGUCGUGUUGCAUGGAGGCGCCACACUACGCGACGUACCGAGAGACUCCGAUUACUCCAGGAUGCGGCCCCCAGCGAUGACGAGGAUGAGGGAGCUCUGGUCCAUAAUGGGAUGCUAUUCGAUCGACCUCAACGUUACUACCGCAUCAAUACUUGGUGCGACAAGGCUUUUAGCAAGCUCGGCCACGCCGCUGCGAGGUUUCCGGCCAUUACGAUUGUGACAAGCUUGAUUGUCGUCGCCAUCCUGAGUGUCGGUUGGGUGAGGUUUGACAUUGAACGGGAUCCUGCAAGGCUCUGGGUUAGCCCCACCUCCGCUGCUGCCGAAGAGAAGGCUUUCUUCGACUCUAAUUUCGGCCCAUUUUACCGCGCCGAGAAGAUUUUCCUCGUAAACGAUCAGUCCCCGUCAGGCCCUGGCCCUGUUCUCAGCUACGACACGUUGAUUUGGUGGAUGGGGGUUGAGGAGAGUAUCCGGAAGCUUCAGGGGCCAAAGCUUGGGGCUGCCUUGCAUGACGUUUGCCUCAAGCCAACCGGAAAAGCCUGCGUCGUGCAAUCAGUCACCUCAUAUUGGUCCAAUGAGCCCUCUCUCGUUGGCAAGGAGACGUGGAAGGAUGAUCUCCGCGCUUGCGCCAAGUCUCCUGUUGAAUGUCGCCCAGAUUACGGCCAGCCUCUGGAGCCAACUAUGAUUUUAGGUGGCUAUGAUACGGAUGUCGUCGAAGCACAAGCCAUGACAGUCACCUGGGUCGUGAACAACGCGGCCGAGGGCUCGCCCGAAGUCAUGCGAGCCAUGGAUUGGGAGGCGGCGCUUAGAGAUAGGCUCAAGGAAGUACAGGUCGAAGCCCAAGAGCGAGGCCUGAGAAUGUCCUUCUCGACCGAAAUCAGUCUCGAGGAAGAGUUGAACAAGUCUACGAAUACCGACGCCAAGAUCGUGGUCAUCAGCUACUUGAUCAUGUUCUUCUACGCCUCCUUAGCACUCGGCUCCACUACGCUCUCGCUGCGCCACAUGCUCCGUAACCCUGCGGUCGCCCUUGUUCAGUCCAAAUUUACUCUUGGUGUGGCUGGAAUUAUCAUUGUCCUGAUGUCCAUCACUGCCUCGAUCGGUCUCUUCUCGUGGGCUGGCCUCAAGGCCACUCUCAUUAUCGCCGAGGUGAUUCCUUUUAUCGUCUUGGCAGUAGGUGUUGACAACAUUUUCCUCAUCGUCCACGAAUUCGAGCGGGUCAAUGUGAGCCAUCCAGACGAGAUGGUCGAGGAACGAAUCGCGAAGGCCCUAGGCCGCAUGGGCCCUUCCAUCCUCUUCUCUGCCAUCACCGAGACCGUGUCGUUCGCCCUCGGCGCCUUUGUUGGGAUGCCCGCUGUCCGCAACUUUGCCGUUUACGCCGCCGGUGCCGUUCUUAUCAAUGCCAUCCUUCAAGUUACGAUGUUCAUCUCGGUGCUUGCUAUGAACCAGAUCCGAGUGGAGGAUAACCGUGCGGAUUGCAUUCCCUGCAUCCAAGUCAAGUCCGCCCGCGUUCACCUUAGUGGUGGUGUAAACGGCCACAUCGGAAGGUUCUACGAAGUUCCCGAAGAGAGUCUUCUCCAGCAGUUUAUCCGCAAGUACUACGCGCCGGCCAUUCUGGAGAAGAAGGCGAAGCUUACGAUUGUCGGUGUCUUCCUUGGUAUCUUUGCCGCUGGAGUUGCCUUGAUUCCCGAGAUCAAGUUGGGUCUUGACCAGCGAGUGGCGAUUCCAGACGAUUCGUACCUCAUUCCCUACUUCAAUGAUCUUUACGAUUACUUCGAUGCCGGUCCGCCCGUGUACUUCGUCACGAGGGAAAGCAACUUUACUGAAAGGGCGCACCAGCAAGAAAUCUGCGGACGAUUCACGACCUGCCAGCAGAUGUCGCUCGCCAAUAUUUUAGAGGGCGAGAGGAAGCGACCCGAUGUGUCGUACAUCUCCUCGCCAACUGCCAACUGGUUGGACGAUUUCUUCCAAUGGCUGAACCCGGAUCUGGGUGACAAGUGCUGCGUUGAAAAUCGACGCGCCUGCUUCAAGAACAGGGAUCCUGCGUGGAACAUUACACUUUCGGGCAUGCCUGAAGGAGAUGAAUUUGUACAUUACCUGGAGAAAUUCCUGAAGUCGCCGACUAACGAGGACUGCCCCCUGGGCGGUGAGGCAUCGUAUGGACAGGCGAUUGUGGUCGAUAGCGAACGAGACACUAUCGUAGCAAGUCAAUUCCGCACCAGCCACUCGCCCUUACGAAGCCAGGAUGACUUCAUCAAGGCCUACGCCUCGGCGCGGCGAAUCUCGUCGGAUAUCAAGGCGAACACGGGCGUCGACGUGUUCCCGUACAGCGUCUUCUACAUCUUCUUCGACCAAUACGCCAGCAUCGUCUCCCUCACGGGCACGCUCCUCGGCUCGGCCGUAGGCAUCAUCUUCGUCAUCUCCUCCAUCCUCCUCGGAUCCAUCCUCACGGCCCUCGUCGUGACGAUCACGGUCGUCAUGGCGGUCGUCGACAUCAUGGGCGCCAUGGCCGUCUUCGGCGUGUCCCUCAACGCCGUCUCGCUCGUCAACCUCAUCAUCUGCGUGGGCAUAGCCGUAGAGUUCUGCGCGCACAUCGCGCGGGCAUUUAUGUUCCCCUCGCGCACGCUUAUGGAGCGCGCCAAGAAUCGGUUCCGAGGGCGCGAUGCUCGCGCGUGGACGGCGCUCGUUAACGUGGGUAGCUCGGUAUUUUCGGGCAUCACGGUUACCAAGCUGCUGGGUGUGUGCGUACUCGCGUUCACGCGGUCUAAGAUUUUUGAGAUUUACUACUUCAGGGUGUGGCUUGCGCUUGUGGUGUUUGCGGCGUCGCAUGCGCUUAUCUUCUUGCCCGUGGCGCUGAGCGUGCUGGGUGGCGAAGGGUACGUCGACCCCGAGAGCGAGGGUGGACUGGAGGAUGAUUUGGCGAGCAGAAGGUAUCGGGCUUUGUUGCCGGAGGAGGAUACGGAUUCGGAUGAUAGUGAGUAUGAUGAUGGUCAUAACUUUGGUCGAAGGGGUUGA